AUGCAAGACAGCGCCGUCGAACUCCCCCACAGAGAUUCGGCUCGAUCCAGCAUGGAUGGCACGACUGCCACUACCAACGGCGGUAUUGUCCCCAGCAGCCGAACCUCUCUCGACAGCGGUCGAACUAGCAUGAGCUCUGACUGGCCAAUUCAUCCUGGUGAGAUCAAUACAAUUGCUCAGCUCGACACCUUGCCUGUUGGCACCGAAGUCACAUUCCGAGCCCGUAUCGAGACCCAGCGACCUAUCUCAAAGGUGCUCGAUUUCCUUCUCCUCCGAGACCAAACACACUCUGUUCAAGGUGUUCUUGCUCGUGAUGCCGAUAAUGCCGACUUCAUUGCUUGGGUUCGCAAGAUCAACUCCGAGUCUCUGGUUCAGAUCACCGGUACACUCAAGCAGCCUCCUGAGCCUAUUCGAUCGGCCACACACUCUGGCGUUGAGGUGGCUGUCGACUCUGUCCACCUUGUCAACGCUGCCCAGAACCUACCUUUCAGCAACUACAAGCCCCCGGAGACUCUUCGCAACCGUAUGAACGCCCGUAUUCUCGAUCUCCGACAUCCCUCUAACCAGGCUCUCUUCCGUAUUCGCUCAAUGGUCACGAGAAUCUUCCGAAACACCCUCGAGGAUCAAGGCUUUGUUGAGAUCAACACUCCUAAGCUGCAGCCUGCCGCCACCGAGAGUGGUGCUGCUGUCUUCCCUGUAAACUACUUCGGUCGUCGGGCAUUCCUUGCUCAGAGCCCCCAGCUCGCUAAGCAGGAGGCUAUCUCUGCUGACUUUGGUCGCGUAUUCGAGGUUGGCCCUGUUUUCCGUGCUGAGAACUCGAACACACAUCGCCACUUGACUGAGUACACUGGUCUCGAUCUUGAGAUGGCUAUUGAUACCGAUUACCACGAGGUUAUUUCUUUCAUCGACAUCUUCCUCAAGGAAGUCUUCAGAACCGUUUACGCUUCCCGGGAGCUCGAAGUUGUUCAGAAGCGAUGGCCCAGCAAGGAAUUCAAGUGGCUCGAGGAGACUCUUAUCCUUCCCUUCCCUGAGGGUAUCCAGAUGCUUCGCGACGACGGUCGUGAUGUCGAAAUGGAGGAUCUGUCAACUCCUGACGAGAUGCGACUUGGGCAGCUUGUCCGCGAGAAGUAUAACACCGACUACUACGUGCUGGACAAGUUCCCCGCCAGCGCUCGUCCUUUCUACACUGCCAAGGACAUCGACGACCCCACUUUCACGCGAUCAUUUGAUAUUUUCAUCCGUGGUCAAGAAAUCUGCUCUGGAGGUCAGCGUAUUCACAAUGUUGAUGAGCUGCGAGCCAACAUGGCCGCAGCUGGUAUGGUUGAGGAUGGUAUGGAAGACUACCUCACUGCCUUCGAACUGGGUGCUCCUCCUCAUGCUGGUGCUGGUCUUGGUCUUGAGCGUAUUGUCGCCUGGAUGCUCGAGCUUGGCGAUGUCCGAUAUGCCUCUCUCUUCCACCGGGACCCCAAGUCUCUCCCUACCAAGGCCCCUGGUUUACCCCACCCUGAGGCUGAUACCACUAAGCCUCACCACGCCGACUCUCCUCCCCCUCUGGAGAAGCUUAUUGCCAACUAUGGUGAUGCUACUAAUACAUCUUGGCUCGAUGAGCGAUUCCAGAUCUGGCGACACGAAACUGGUGCCGCCGUCGGUUGGGUUCAGCGCGAGAAGUUUGCCAUGAUCACUGGUGAUCCCCUGUGUGACCGCAGCCAAUACACUCGGGUCAUCCGUGACUUUAUUCAGCACCUUACUGUUGACCUUCGCCUGACACCGUUCUGGAUGCUCGUGUCCUACGAAGUCCAGAAGAUUCUCGCAGCUGAGCUUCGCUGGCGAAGUUUGACUUGUACCGAGGAGCAGCGUGUUGAUGCCGACAAGCACAACAGUGCUCAAAUUGAGGGACUUGCUGCUAAGACUCGCCGUGUUGAGCGUGAAGGAGUCAAGAUCCAUGAGGUCAAGCCUGACGAGGACUUCAUUUCUCGCGCCAACCCCGCCAUUGAGGAAUGGAAGGGCGCUCGCAAGGGCAAGCAAGUGCAUCUUACUGAGGUUCGUCCCUGGAUCGAUCAGGAGCACCGCCGCUACUUUGCUGCCGAGAAGGACGGCAAGGUCAUGUCUAUGGUCGUCUUGGCCAAGCUUGCUCCUCGCCACGGCUGGCAAGUGAAGUGGGCGCUUGACUUCCCCGGUGCCGUCAACGGUGCCAUCGAGGUCCUGGUCAGCCACGCCCUGUCCAAUGUCACCGGAAAGGUCACCUUCGGUGCAGGUGUCUCCGAGAAGCUUACCCCUGGUGAGCACGUCGGCGGACUUCGCGCCAAGUUCCUCAGCGCCAGUUACCGAUCUAUUAUCGACAGUCUCGGUCUCCGCCGCAAGGCUUCGUUCCGAUCCAAGUUCGGUGCCCUGGGAGAGGAGAUUUACAUUUGCUACCCCAAGAAGGGUGUCGGUCUGCGCGACUUGCAGAACGUUAUCAAGUUCUUCACCGACUAA